AUAUAACUUACUAGUCUUGUACUGAUUAAAAGUGCGGUUUCGUUGUGUAACUACAACGUUACGUCGAUAAUUGUUGAAUCGACAGGGUGGAGUUGAGUUAGCCAGUAAUAUCACGUUGAUUGCUGAAAAUUGCUAUUGCGCAAAUUCUGUUGGAUACAUAUAGCGACAUGCUUCGUGGAGUGUGUUGAAGUGCAGUCUGUGAAAAAUUACUCUGGUAGUCUUCCUACUGCGCCGUUGGGAACAUUGUCACAUCCGAGAUCUGUAACAAAGCACUUUACAUUAUUUAACUACCACGCAAUUAAUCACGCGUAAUAAUAAUAGGCGAUAACUUCAGCGUAACGUCAUUACAUUUAAUAUACGAUUUUAAAAAGUGGGUGCAAAUCGUGCUGAGACGACUCCAAUUACGCGACGACGUUCAAGAUGGGCGCUCUGGAGAUCCUCUGCGGGGUGGCGGCCAUUUUGGUGCUCCUUUACUACUACUUAAUGUCCAAGUAUGAUUUUUGGAAAAAACGUGGAGUCAAGGGCCCAGAGCCGAUCCUCUUCUUUGGCAACGGGAAGGAUGUCUUGCUGACGAAAAUCUCCAUCGGAACUUACAUCCACCAACUCUACAAAGAGUUCAAAAAGGAACCAUUUAUCGGGGUGUUCCUUCAAAGGAACCCGGCACUUAUCGUAAAUGACCUCGACCUCGUGAAGGAUGUCCUGAUAAAGGACUUCUCGAACUUCAUCGACAGAGGCGUAAAGAUCUUUGAGAAGCCCGAACCGCUGGGGCAGCAUCUCUUCCUUCUGGAGGCCAAAAGAUGGCGGCCAUUGCGGGUGAAGUUAUCGCCGGUUUUCACUUCUGGAAAACUGAAGGAGAUGUUCUAUUUGAUCCUGGAGUGUGGAAACGGUUUCCAAAAAUAUCUGGACCAGGUUACCGCGAAAGAUCCGGUCCUAGAUUGCAGAGACAUAACGUCUAGGUUCACCACUGACGUCAUCGGAACCUGCGUCUUCGGCCUCAACUUGUCUUCCUUAUCGGACGACGAAAGCGAGUUUAGAAGAAUGGGGAGGAAGGUCUUCGACACGAAAUUGUCGAAUCUUCUAAGAAAUUGGUUCAGAGACGCAUUCCCUUGGAUUUACGGAAAUUUCGGACAUUACAUAUUUGGCACGGAGGUAAUGGACUUCUUCCUCAACUCCAUUAUUGGGACGAUGGAGUACAGGAAAAAGAACAAUGUCAUCAGAAAAGACUUCCUACAUAUGCUGAUGGAGCUUCGGGACAACCCGGAGAAAAUCGAGGACAUAAACCUGACGGACGAGUUGCUGGCUUCCCAGGCUUUCGUUUUCUUCGUUGCUGGUUUUGAAACCUCUUCCAUGACCAUGACUCACGUCCUUUAUGAAUUAGCACUGAACCAAAAUGUCCAGGACAAAUUGCGUGCAGGCAUAAAGGAGCAGAUCCAAAAAGACAACGGUGCGAUAACGUACGACGGGGUUAAGGAAAUGCACUACCUCGACAUGGUUUUCAAAGAAGCUUUGAGGAAGUACCCGCCGAUACCCUUUUUAUUUAGGCAGGCUCUUAACGAAUACACAUUUGCGGGUACAAACGUGACGAUACCGAAAGAGCAAGUAGUUUGGAUCCCUAAUUAUGCAUUCCAAAUGGAUCCGGAAAUAUUUCCUAAGCCGGAAGAAUUUAAUCCAGAGCGAUUCACCCCAGAAGCGGAAGCUGAGAGACAUCCGAUGGCGUACUUGCCUUUCGGGGAUGGACCAAGGAACUGCAUCGGUUCUCGGUUUGCCAUGUAUCAGACCAAAGUAGGCCUGAUACAAAUCAUAUUAAACUACCGAGUGGAAGUUUCGGAGAAGACUCCGAUUCCAUACGAAUUGAACACCAGGAGCUUCAUAAUUUCUUCGAAGAAAGACCUCUAUGUGAAGUUCUCCAGGAUCAAUUAACUUAAUACUUGUGAAUUACGUACUUAAUAUUUUUUUUCGUACACCGAUAUAUUAAUAAAACUGACAUAUUUUCAUAAUUACUCGUUGAAUGUCCUGUCGCGUUGGAAGGUCGGAAAUCCACGUUACAAUAGUUCCAUAAAGUCGGUGUAAUGCAAAACUUGUCGUCCACACCGGCAAAACCGGCACCGGUAUUUUCGUAACUAAUAUUAUAAAUAAAUAAGAAUUACACAGUA